GAAAGAAGCCUUGGCUGUGCAAGUAUGCGUUGGCGAAUGACCUGUGGUUGGGCCGACCGGAGCCGACGGGGCUGGGCAUCUCUAAGGAUAGGUAUCGUGUCGAGAGCGAUCGCAGCGCGGGGAAUGUGCAAGAUCUUGUUGGGGGCCGCGUCGUGGACGACUCGCUGUGGGUUGACGCGGCGGCGGUUGAAGUUACGCAGGUCGUGCUUCGAUCCGGCGGCGCAGUGGACAAAGCGGACCUUUCGCCUUGGAUGCACGCCUUUCACCAGUCGAGCUUCAUCGGCUCCACGGUGUGCUUCCACAACGGCGACGUCAAGUAUGCAGUGGAAUCGUUGCCCCCGGCUCGGCUCAACGACGCUCUGGCGGUUACUUUCUGCGUGGAUGCGACUUCGGCGGACGUGUCCCAAGAGCGAGGAGUGGAAGCCGUGCGGCGCGUGAAAGCUGUGGAACUGGAUGCCGCGCUUUUUCGCAAGCAAGUGGAGCUGCUCCAGGAGAGUAAUCCCGUUUACAAAGAGGGGGUGCAGGAAAUCAAUCGAGGGUUGCUGACGCAGUGGCUCGGAGAGUCGCUAGUUCCGCUGGUGUGGUGGCCUGCGGAUGCCACGGUUCUGCAGCAGGAGGCGCGGGAGGAUCAGGAGCUGCAGCGCGCCGUCGAAGAGCAGGGUGUUUUGGCCAUGGAGCCGGAGGUGGAAGACUUCAACGGCGGCAAGAACAAUGUUGCGCGUCUGGUGACGACGUUGCUGACGAAGCUGGAAGAGUUGCAGCAUGCCGGUAACAGGGCCAUCGCUUUGGAGAUGGAAGGUUGGGUAGACUGGCAGGAGACGGGAUUGGAUCACUUGGGACGCGCUCGCAUUCUGAAGCUUUGCGAAGAAAUUCACGCAAACUGUAAGACUCUGUCCAGAAGCGACAUGCAGCGGCAUCUGGAGAGGGAAUUGUCGCACGCGUCCCAGGGCAGAGCUCGCUGGCAGUUGGCCGAGGAGCGGCGAGAGCGGGAGGCGCCCGACAGCGCCGCGCACCUGAUGGUUGGUCGCGGAAAGAAGCCGUUGAGUCUGUGGGACUGGAAGAUAUGGACGAUGGCCAAACCGCGAUUGUGGCGUUAUGGCGAUGCUGGAAAUCUUUUCGAUCGGGACGAGUACACCGUCCCCGUCAGGAAUCGCUUCAGCGGGGACUGGGCUGCUUUGCAUAUGAUGGCAACGGCUUCGCGUCUGAGCGAUCAGCACGCCGCGUCCUUCAAUUUUUUGAACAAUGGCGGCAUGGCCUACGCCCAGUGUCUUUCCAAGUUGAAGGCGGACGAUUUGGCCAGGGCUGCUUUGGCCGUGGGCGGCGCCAGCGUGGAGCAGUUGCUGUCGAAUUCGCUCGUGCCCGCAAACGUGAAGGAGGCGCUGCGAGCCAUGCACUUGGCUUCCGCCGCGGUCGUGGGCACCGACGGAGUUGCUUACAUGGAGACAUUUGGGCCGCCUCUCAUGUUCGUGACGCCGAAUCCUGCUGAUACGCAACAUCCCUUGCUGUUGGUGAUUCAAGGCGAGGAGGUGGAUUUGGGAGAGGUGACUCCGGAGAUGGAGCGGGAUUUGCCUGCGUAUCGUGAGAUGCUGCGACGCCUGGCUGCUGAUCCGGUGGGUCAGACUCUUCAGUUCGAGUUGCUGAUGCGAUUGUUUUUCCAGCACGUGCUCAACGUGCGGCCGGAGACGGUGGAUUGUCGGAGGUCGCGUCCGCGUGGAGCGGCGCGAGAAUGGUGUCAGGACGGGGCGGCCGCUGCAUCGACUGGUGCGGGCAUGCUUGGUCCGGUGCUGGGGUUCCGGGGUGAGAUCGAGGUAUUGGAAGAUUUGGCUGAACGGCUUCGGAAUCACAGAGCUCAUCUGCAGGAGUGCCUCCGAACUUUCAUGCACAUGGCCGUGGCCAGUUUCGAGUCCAUCAGCCAUGCUUCGGCUGCUCCGAGGAUGCUGGGCGACCCGCGCCUGGGUUCGCCGUUGCCCGUCAGCGAGGUGGCUUCCAGUUUGAGCAAGUACGAUGGAGGCUCUGACCUGGACCUGUUGCGCGAGCUGCCCAAUCGCACUGAAGAUCAGCAGGCUUUCCUGGACACUGCCUCGGACGCAGACUGGCAGAGGGCUUGCGUGCAGCGGGAGGUGGCGGUUUCUCGGGAGUCUGUUUACGGCACCGCGAUCAACCGUUUCGCCGUGGCUCAAACGCCCAAGUACCGUUGCUGGGGACUUCUUUGUGACGCCGCCAAGCCGGAGGAGGAUGCUCGGGAGUGGCAGGCGCAUUUUCUCCAGGACCUGCACAGUCUGGCUCCAGCUCUGCUCAAGCAUCAAUGCAGCGAUUCCUGCUACAAGUAUUCGGACAAGGGUUCUGUGAGCUGGAAGAUUUGCAGGCACGGCUUCUAUCACGUGGUGUCGAUAUGCGAUGGGUGCAGAUGUCGGCGGAAGGGCAAGGCCCUGCGGCCCGCGCUUCACGUGGCCAGCACGGUGGAAGCGGCGCACGGGAUGCAGGGACGUUUGCGUCCGAUACAAUUGGGGCCCUUCGAGGUGCAGACUAGCUACGGUGGCUUGGUCAGCGGUCGACAGAAUUUGGACGUGCAGGACUUGCGUCGUGUGCUGGAUCCGGAACUCUGGCUCGGGGUAGACGAGGUGCUGCCGCAUGUGGGUGCGUCCGCCAAUCUCGGAUGCAUGGCCCGAUACGAGUGGAAUGGUGAGUCGUACGAAGAGCGAGUUCCCCUAAGACUAUCUUAG